CCUCGCUCUGUGACUGGCAUUAUCGAGAGUGUUCUCUGUCUAAUUGAGGGGUGGUCGAUUCUGUACCCUAACACUUCCUAAGGAGAGACCAGGGACCCCUGGUUCUUCCCUCUCCUGCCCCUCGGGCUUCCAGGGCCUGCCCAGGUGGCUGCGCGCACAGCGCUGGGGAAGGACCCUGAGCCGCGGCCCCGCUCACGGGCAGCACAGUUUCUGGUGCGGGGAGGACCUUGUCGCCGUGGCUUUGUCACGCAAGGAAGGGGUCCACUGCCCUGUGUUGGCCAAGCCGGGGCAGACAGAAGAGGAAGUGGGGCAGGGGCGUGGAGAACACCGAGCCCAGCGGCUCCCCGGGGCCGCUCACACAUGAAAACUUCCUGCGGUGAGAACGGAAGCCCCGGUGCUGCCCCCGCCGCGCCCGCUGCCAGAGCGGGGGCCGGAGGGAAGCCAUGGACCGGCCCCGGGCCCCAGUCCUGCUGUCGGCGCUGCUGACGUUCUGCAUCACUGCUGGGACUCCUGAGGUGUGGGUGCAGGUGCACCGGGAGGCCGCCGCGGCCCCGACCUUCACCGUCCGCUGCGGAUUCCUGGGCUCUGGCUCCAUCUCCCUGGUGACUGUGAGCUCGGGGGGGCCUGAUGGGGCCGGAGGGACUAGGCUGGCCGUUUUGCACCCAGAAUUCGGCAUCCAGCAGUGGUCCCCGGUCCGCCGGGCCCACUGGGAGACCAAAACCAGCAUCUCCCUCGCUGUGGAAGGCUGUGAGGGGAGAAGCUCCGGCGCUAACACCACCUUCUGCUGCAAGUUUGUUUCCUUUCCCGAGGGCUCCCAGGAGGCCUGCGGGAGCCUCUUCCUCAGCACAGACCAAGGGCUCCCUGCCCCGACGCCAGCUCCCAUGCUGCGGGCGGACCUGGCCGGGAUCUUUGGGGUGUCGGGGCUCCUCCUCUUUGGCUGUGUCUACCUCCUCCACCUCCUGCAUCGGCAGAGGCACUGGUCUGUCAGCAAGGCCCAGCCGCCCCUCGCCAGCCCCCAGCCACAGGCGCGAGCAAGGGCGGCCGGUCAAGUCCCCCUGGUCUCUCUGCGCGCGCCCUGCACCGCCGUCCCCGCCAGCCGCUACUGCCCGGCCACUCUGGACCUGGUGCUCCCGCGCCAGCCGCCGGCCCGCUGGGCACCCCUGCCCGCCUCGACUCGCAACAGCUUCGUCUCCGUGGAGAACGGACUUUAUGCUCCGGCCGGAGAGAGGCCUUUCCAAGCUGGCCCCAACCUCGUCCCUUUCCCGGACUCUCUGGGGCACAGGGCCGCGGAGGGGCAUUUAGGAGUUCGAUGAGAGGGACCCCAAGCCCGCUUGGGCCUCCUCUCCUCUCCGACCUCUGGGACCCCCUUGUGGGGUCUGUGUCCCGGGGGCGUAUCGUCUUUGCACAUCUGGUUUUAGUCUCAGGCCUGCAGAAGUGUCUCCACACGCGCCCGGCCCAGGCCCCCUCGCUGCGGAUGUGGUCAGCAUGUGUGCACGUGUGGGUACGUGUGGGCACAUGUGUAUCUACGUGAGGUGACAAAAAUCCCAUCCCAGGUCGUUUCCUGUUUUCAAGUCCCCAGCACUCACAGGUGAUGAGGAUAACUAAGUGAAAAAAAAAAAAAAAAAAGUGGUUUCUGA